AGCGGACCGUUUCCACAGCUGCUCAAACCGCGUCCUUCUACCUUCUUCUUCCCCAUUUCAACGCCUCUCUCUCUCUCUUCCCCUCUGGUUCUUCUAUUUAGGGGACUCCCCAUUAACCGCCCACCACUAAAUUUGGCUUCUCUCCCUCUGUUUCUAACCCUCCAGAUUUUUCUUUGCUUUUGGCGCCGCAUAUAGGGAUCUGGGUACUGAAGCCAGCGUUGAUUUAGGGAGUUUGUAGCCAAAUUUGGCGAAGGAUGUUAACCAUCUUCCACAUCUACAAUGGCGUUUUCCUUCUUUGCCAGCUUCUUAACUCCUUUCUGCGCCGAUUCGGCCCGAAGAGUUGCUCCUCUUGGCUUCCCCUCUCGUGGUUCCGUCCCCCGAGCACCCCGGAGCCUCAUAUGUCGGAGACGCCGUCGCAGAUGGACCCCGCGGAGCUGCGCCGGGUGUUCCAGAUGUUCGACCGGAACGGCGACGGCCGGAUCACGAAGCGGGAGCUGAGCGACUCCCUGGAGAACCUCGGCAUCUUCAUCCCCGAGAAGGACCUGGUGGCGAUGAUCGAGAAGAUAGACGUGAACGGGGACGGGUGCGUGGACAUCGACGAGUUCGGGGUGCUGUACCAGACGAUCAUGGACGAGAAGGACGAGGAGGAGGACAUGAGGGAGGCGUUCAAUGUGUUCGACCAGAACGGGGAUGGCUUCAUAACGGUGGAGGAGCUGCGGUCGGUGUUGUCGUCGUUGGGGUUGAAACAGGGGAGGACGGUGGAGGAUUGCAAGAAGAUGAUCAGGAAGGUGGACGCCGACGGCGACGGGAUGGUGAACUACAAGGAGUUUAAACAGAUGAUGAAGGGUGGCGGUUUUGCUGCAUUGACUUGAAAAACUUGGGAAGUUGAGAGAACGAGGGACAGGGACAGACAGAAGAGAGAGAGAGAGAGAGAGAGAGGUUAGGGAAUUGUAAUGGCCUUGAUUAUUUUCAUUUUUUGAUUGGUUAAACUUCGAGAAUGAGGAUGGUUCAGAUGAUGAUGACAAUGAGAAAGUCUGUAAAUAUUUUUGAAUACUUUUUCAAAACUGUUGACAACUUCAAAGAUGCUUAGAUCUGUGGAAGUUGGUAGUUGGUAUUCUCUCUCUCUAUUCAAGAGAAUUACUUCCAACAAAUGGAUCAUUUGUUGUAAAAAUCUCAUUCUCCUAAAGAUCUUGGCAGGCAUUCUGUAAUCUGGUUUAUUGUAUCUAUCUUUUGAUCGGUUCUUGUCUAUCAAGACGACGACCAUCGGAGUUUGAAAAAUUUGCAGUGACAGACAUUGUGCUUGGGAA